AUGUCCAUCGUUUCUGGUAACCCCUCUAAUACCAGUUUUGAUGGAAGCCCGUCAACCGACUCAGAUUCUUCGGACGAUCCAGCGCGCCGGAAGCCUCGAACAAAUGCAGCAACGGGCGCAUCGGCUGCGGGUGCUUUAGCCAAAGCUAUCAACCCGCGAGUCGCGGAGGGCAGCUGGUCAUGGCAUACAACGACUCCAGGACUCCUCGCCCACGCCGUCCGCAUGUAUGGCUGGCGUUUCCUUCCAGACCAAGUCCUCCCACCCCUUGUGGGAAACAUUGUGGUUGGGGCAGUUCUAUAUACUUCGUAUCUUCAAAUAUUAAGCGGACUCCACGAGCCCACAUUACAAGCGACCAAGCGCAUUUACCCACCUCCAGCUCCGAGCUUGACAUUCACAGCCGGUUUUGCUGCAGGAGGAAUACAAUCCAUAAUCGCAGCGCCCCUGGACGCGCUCCAGGUGCGGUUUAGCACUAGUGAUAUGAUAAAGGGCCAGUACAGGAAUGUAUGGCAAUACGGUAAACAUAAACUUCAUGAAAUAGGCAUUCGGGGCAUCUUUUCCGGUUGGGGUCUCUCGUUCCUGAAGGAUUCGUUCGGCUCCGCUCUCUUCUUCGGCAUGUUCGAAACUAUCAAGUCUCAAGGAUACUACACCUUUGUCAGAUAUUAUUACGGCUCUCUCAAACCACACCGUGUCGAGAAACUCUCGGUGUCAGCAGCACCCACUUCAUCUGGAGGUAUCCCCUCCAUCCAGCCUCACUAUGCUCUAGAACCCUGUUUCCUGAUGCUAGCCGGCGUUACGGCGUCGCUGGUGCAGCAGUUUGCGCAGCACCCUCUCAACCUAGUGCAGACUGUCUACUAUGAGAGGCUGGAGCACAUCGACGCGAUGGCCAAGUUAGAUCACUCGGGGAUGAAGAUGAUGAAGCACCACUAUGAAGCGUACUUGGGGCUAUUUGGGAGAUGUCAGAAACUAGCCAUACGCGCGGGUGGCUGGCAUUCAUGGCUUUUUAGAGGAUUUUUUGGGAACGCUGUUCGUCUGGUGCCAAGCACUAGCGCUGGUCUUAUCAUCUUUGAGCUGGUCCGGCGUAAAUAUGGGGUCGAUGCGGAGAUUGUGCAUAUUCAACAGGACGGCUAUGAAAUCAUUUUGACAUAAUUAUCGGUUUCGAUAUUAGUUAUCUUUUUCUCGCAUGCGCCCCCUUCCCCCACUCCCUUUUUUUGAUGUAUCGGUCGUAAAUGAUGUAUAUUUUAUUGUUGUUUUGGUUAUACCCUUUAUAUAUUACUUUCGUUGGUAUCUUGAGAG